GUUUGAAAAAAGAGACCUAAAUAUAACUGUCAUGCUUCCUUCAUCCACCAACAUCUCCUGCGAUACGUAACUCACUCGCUGCCCUUCAAUAUUUUAAGAAAUUACUACAAAAUCUCAUAAUGGUCCCUGAUCACAAAAUUGAAUCCAUUGGAACUGUUUUAAAGGAUGAGAAACGUCCUUUAAAAGAAAGGUUUCGUGCACUUUUCACAUUAAGAAACUUGGGUGGUGAUGCUGCCAUUGCUGCUAUUUCACAAUGCUUUGGCGACCCAUCAGCUUUGUUGAAACACGAGUUGGCCUACUGCCUUGGACAGAUGGGAGAUGUAAAAGCUAUUCCCAAGCUUAUUGAGGUACUCAAAGAUGUACAGCAAGAGCCAAUGGUACGACAUGAGGCAGGGGAAGCACUAGGGGCCAUAGGUGAUCCAAGCGUGCUUACAUUACUCAGAGAAUAUAGCAAGGACCCAGUUGUAGAAGUUGCAGAGACCUGUCAGUUAGCAGUUGGAAGAAUAGAGUGGUUACAGAGUGAAGCCAAGGAAAGAGAAAAGUUUGAAAGUGAUGGAAAAUUCCUUUCUGUUGAUCCAACACCACCAUCAACAGAGACCAGUACUGAAAAAUUAAGAGAAAUACUCCUUGAUGAAUCUCUGCCACUAUUCGACAGAUAUAGAGCUAUGUUUUCUCUGCGUAACAUGAACACCCCAGAAAGUGCUAAGGCGUUGUCAGCUGGAUUCAAAUGCUCAAGUGCUCUUUUCAGGCAUGAAAUUGGAUAUGUACUGGGUCAGAUGGCAAGUGAUGCAGUAGUAGAUGAGUUAGCUGCCGUUGUUCGAGAUGAAAAAGAAAAUGAAAUGGUUAGACAUGAAGCAGCUGAAGCUCUUGGAUCAGUGGCUACAGAGAGAGCCAUGGCAGUACUAAAGGACUAUCUUGGAGAUGAAGCUCGAGUUGUGCGAGAGAGUUGUGAAGUAGCCCUUGAUAUGUCUGAAUACGAAAAUAGUUCUGAAUUUCAAUAUGCUGAUGGACUUGUAAAGCUUGACCAGCAGCAGUCUGAGAAAGUGAGUUGUUAAACAGACACAUGUUUUAUUUUGUGUCUACAGAUAUAAUUAGUGAAUACACAAGAAUCUUGCAUCAAACAGACUGUGAUCUCAAAAUUGGCCCAAUCAGGUGCACUAAUAAAAAUAAGAUUAAGAAAUAUAU